CUGUGGGGGUGCCCUCACAUGGCUGCUCUGGAUAACUGCAGGGGGCAUUCAUCCCACCCCUGCCUGGGCUACAAUGCAGCUUGGGGAGGGCCAGUUGGCACUGCCCCAGCACUCCCUGCCUCCACUGGCAGGGGCACAAGGACAGGUACGUCAAGGAGAACAGUGCCAGGGGGCAAGGAGGCGUGGAUCCCCCCCAGGCAGAGGAGGGAGAAUGCUGGACAAAGGAGGCAGAGAUCAAAGGCCAUGGGGGAUUGGGGGACACCUAUAGUGGGGAGGGCUGGGGGUGUGUCUCAGUAUCCCUGUAUAGCUGGGUUGAUCGAGAGUGUCCUACCUCACCCCCCAAGAUGCUCCUGCCCCUCCGCAGGUCACCUCCACCAGUAUAUAGGCAGCCUUCCCUGUGCUGGGGUGGAGCAGGGACAGGUCCCCAUUCCCCCAUCAGCCUCACUCCUUCCCUUGCAGCGCCCCAUGCUGGAGUGGAGCGGAGCGGAGCCAGGUCUCCAUUCCCCCCUCAGCCUCACUCCUUCCCUUGCAGCACCCUGUGCUGGGGUGGAACUGGGAGAGGUCUCCAUUCCCCCAUCAGCCUCACUUCUUCCCUUGCAGCGCCCCGUGCUGGGGUGGAACAGGGAGAGGUCCCCAUUCCCCCUCAUCCUCACUCCUUCCCCUGCAGCGCCCCGUGCUGGGGUGGAACAGGGAGAGGUCCCCAUUCCCCAUCAUCCUCACUCCUUCCCUUGCAGCGCCCCGUGCUGGGGUGGAACAGGGAGAGGUCCCCAUUCCCCCUCAUCCUCACUCCUUCCCUUGCAGCGCCCCGUGCUGGGGUGGAACAGGGAGAGGUCCCCAUUCCCCAUCAUCCUCACUCCUUCCCUUGCAGCGCCCCGUGCUGGGGUGGAACAGGGAGAGGUCCCCAUUCCCCCCUCAGCCUCACUCCUUCCCUUGCAGCGCCCCGUGCUGGGGUGGAACAGGGAGAGGUCCCCAUUCCCCCUCAUCCUCACUCCUUCCCUUGCAGCGCCCCGUGCUGGGGUGGAACAGGGAGAGGUCCCCAUUCCCCAUCAUCCUCACUCCUUCCCUUGCAGCGCCCCGUGCUGGGGUGGAACAGGGAGAGGUCCCCAUUCCCCCUCAUCCUCACUCCUUCCCUUGCAGCGCCCCGUGCUGGGGUGGAACAGGGGCAGGUCCCUGGGUCGCUAUUCCCCCUUCAGCGCCCCGUGCUGGGGUGGAACAGGGAGAGGUCCCCAUUCCCCAUCAUCCUCACUCCUUCCCUUGCAGCGCCCCGUGCUGGGGUGGAACAGGGAGAGGUCCCCAUUCCCCAUCAUCCUCACUCCUUCCCUUGCAGCGCCCCGUGCUGGGGUGGAACUGGGAGAGGUCCCCAUUCCCCCCUCAGCCUCACUCCUUCCCUUGCAGCGCCCCAUGCUGGGGUGGAGCGAGGCCAGGUCCCCAUUCCCCCCUCAGUCUCACUCCUUCCCCUGCAGUGCCCAGUGCUAGGGUGGAGCAGGGGCAGGUCCCUGGG